AUGUUGCAGAGGACUGCUCUAAUUUUAAACCGUGCUCGAGAAAUAACAAACGAGGAGAAGGAAAAAGGUAUUCGUCAUGAAACAAGUUCCCGUAAGACUUACACCAACAUAGAACCGUUACAAGAAAUUGAUUUUAACUCAGCAACAGAUACUAGUGAGGAAGAAGGUAUUCGGCAAGAAACAAGUUCGCUUCAGACUUAUACCAACUUAGAACCGUUACAGGAAGUUGAUUUUAACUCAGCAACAGAUAUUAGUGAGAAAGAAAGUACUCAUACAGCAGCUGUUUCCCCAAAGACUUACAGCGAUUUACAAACGGUUCGGGAAGUGGAAUUUAAUCUAAAAUUACCAGACAUAAUUUAUGAGGAAGGAAGUAAUUCGGAUGGAUAUUCAAACAAGGAAAAUGAAAUAGGUGACGUAAGAGUAAUGGAUGAUAAUCAAAAAAAAGCUCAUGAGAUAAGUCUACAAAAGAAACGAGGAAGACCAUCAUCAGAACUUUAUCAAAAUUUUAAAGAAUCACUUGUGCUGCUAUGGCCAGAUGGGAAGCCAAUACCAGAUAAAAAACUUGAGGAUCUAAAAUUUUUGCUUAGCCUUAUUCCAAAAGAUGCCAAAGAGUUUUACAAAAAAUUGACUGGUGAUCCAAAUAUGGAAGAUGAUAUAGAUGGGUUAAAUGGACCUCUUGAUUUUGAUCUUGAAGAUGAUGAACUUUAGUAAGGUCUUAUACCAAUUUUGUUUUUAUAUCAGACUACAGUUUUA